UGGUUUCUGUCAAAUUAUUUAGCUAGCCGAUGUUAGCCAGUUAGCCGGUAUGACACUUAAAGUAAUGACGAACAGCUGAGCAUUUUCAGCGAAAAUUACACCGGGACACACGUUAACAUCGCUGUUAAAAGGGUCUUUUACAGCUCUCUGUCAAAUACGUAGCGGAUGGCCCGGACAGCACUUGUCGUGGGACCGACAUAGAGAGAGGGACACCAUUCUGAACCUCUGAAUGAGUAAUGAACUUAAACCCCUUCUGGAGCAUGUCUGCCAAUACGAGUCGAAAGCAGAGACCUGACGGCGAGGAACAGAGUGGGCAAGGUGAGCAGAGAGCCAGCCCAGCCCGGCUGCCCUUUGGUAAAAAGCAGCUUCCAUCCAUUCCUAAGAAUGCAGCCCCCAUUACCAAGCCUGCGUCAAUGGGCGUCCCAGCCCAGUCAGCCAAUGGCACACACGCUUCAUAUGGCCCCUUUUACCUGGAGUACUCUCUGCUGGCUGAGUUCACACUAGUGAUUAAGCAGAAACUCCCUGGAAUUUAUGUCCAGCCGUCCUACAAGUCGGCACUAAUGUGGUUCGGGGUCAUAUUCAUCAGACAUGGCUUGUACCAGGAUGGAGUCUUCAAGUUCACUGUGUAUAUUCCAGAUAACUAUCCCGAUGGAGAGUGUCCUAAACUAGUAUUUGACAUCCCAGUCUUCCAUCCUCUUGUUGACCCUGUGUCUGGAGAGCUUGAUGUCAGAAGAGCGUUCACCAAAUGGAGACGGAACCACAACCACAUUUGGCAAGUCUUGAUGUACGCUCGUACAAUCUUCUACAAGAUCAAUACCACGGAACCACUCAACCCGGAAGCGGCUGUGCUAUAUGAGAAGGAUGUGCAGUUGUUCAAAAGCAAAGUGGUGGAUAGUGUGAAAUUAUGCAACAGUCAUCUUUUUGACCAGCCCAAGAUGGAUGAUCCGUACGCAAUAAGUUUCUCUCCAUGGAACCCAACUGUUCACGAGGAGGCAAAAGAGCGGAUGUUCACAUACAAAAGACGGCCUGAGGACCCCCACAAGGCAACACAGGUGUCCGGGCUGUCUUGGGUGAAGCCUGGAUCGACACAGCCCUUCAGCAAAGACGACGGUCCUCCCCAGAGCUGAGCCUGCACCGUCGAUGCAGCCGCCACUAGAGGGAGGCCCACGCAUCGGCUCGCCUCGGCUGUUUUAUGUGAACUGGAUCCUUGAAACAGUCGGGAGAACGUUGUGUUAAAUCUCCACAUUAUUGCUCAGCUUUAAAAGCUUUUUAGGCAUCUCCUCGACCAGCUUUAGAAUAAGGAAUCAAAGUUUGUAUUAUAUGUAAAGCGACGAUGACAAAUGGAUGUCCCAGCAACCUCAUUUUAGGCUGUGAUGCAAUCAAAGAGCUUUGUCAAUUCGAUUUUCAGAAGCGUGCAGAUCUUGGGCUCAGUGAUACAACAUACUGUCAACAAGGAGCUGAAAAGUAUGAGCGAAGCAUUCAUACGGUAAGUGUAGUGGACUACAUGAUCUCUACCACUUGUUGAAAAUUGCCUCAGGGCUGUUUUAUUUGUCAGACUUGGAUUAGACAAUGAUUUCUUCUUAAUCCCACUGUGUAAACUAUUGUCUUAUUUAUAUA